CAGGGACAGGACCCUCAGACGAAGUGGACUCUUGGGGUAGGCCGUAAUUAGGCUGCUGGACGCCUGCUAUCUCAAUCUUCAUAUUCCUCCUUGACUUCACUCUACGGGCCAUGAAAGUGAAAUCCCGUGGACAAAUUGCUCUCUCAUGCCUACUUAGAUCAUUCAUUUGUCGGCACGGUUUGGGUUGACUUACCAGUUGUGUAAUAAAAAAAUCAUCCUCAUGGCCGGGAAUGGAGCUAUAAAUACUCUGGAUUAGUAUAUGAUAAGAAGACCCACAUAUCACUUGCUUUAAUGGAAGCUGGCACCAAGAUAAUCGAUCUCAUGGCAGAAGAAGAAGAUCUAGAGUACCUUGACAUCAAUGGAAGCUGCACAAACAAUAUUAUUAAUGGGGCAACAAUAUUACCCAGCGACACAAGUAGUGAACAGAGAGUCGCCAUUGACAGGUCUUUGAGUUUUACAAAGAUAUACAGCCCCCCUGUUUACAAACCUAAGACAUACAAUGGGAUCCAGACAUUAGUUUUAGCAUACCAAUCCCUCGGAGUCGUAUACGGAGACCUUGGAACUUCUCCUCUCAACGUUCUAUCAUCUAUCACCCUCCCAGAUCCGAGCGAAGAAGAUCUACUCGGAAUCCUUAGCCUCAUUGUCUGGACAACUACAGUUCUCGUGUUGAUCAAAUACGUGUUCAUCGUUCUUCACGCCGAUGAUCAUGGAGAGGGGGGAACUUUCGCUCUAUAUUCGUAUCUGUGCAGGCAUAUCAACUUCAGCAGCAAGUUCACCAUACGAAACACCAGGCUGGAAUCCGAUCGAAAUAUGAGAUAUUACUCUCAGGGGAGUUGUAUCAAAUCGACGACUAAGAGAUUUCUCGAGGGGAGUACGAAAGCUCAAACUCUUCUCACUUUUCUCGUGCUUCUUGGGACUUGCAUGGUCAUUGGUGAUGGCGCGCUUACCCCUGCCACUUGCGUUCUCUCGGCUCUUCAAGGUAUCCAAACUCGUUCCUCGAAAAUCUCACAAGAGGAUGUGGUUUUAUUGGCUGUUGUGCUUUUAGUAGCUCUGUUUGCUUUCCAAAGUUGUGGGACUAGCAAAGUUGGCUUCUGCUUCUCUCCAAUUAUGGUAACAUGGUUUGUUUUGAAUGCUGCGGUCGGAAUCUACAAUAUUAUCAGAUACCAUCCGUCCAUUCUGAAGGGCCUUUCACCUCUCUACAUAUACAAAUUCUUUGAAAGACGGGGCAAGACGGCGUGGGACAUCCUCGGUGCUGUGUUCCUGAGCAUCACAGGGGCAGAAGCCAUGUUUGCUGAUUUGGGACAUUUCAACAAGAGAGCAAUUCAGUUGGCUUUCUCUUUGUUUGUUUAUCCAGCAGUGAUCCUCACCUAUGCUGGAGAAGUGGCUUAUUUAGUUCAAUACCCAGAUCAGCUCAGCAAUGCCUAUUACGCCUCGAUUCCUGAACAAAUAUACUGGCCAAUGUUCGUUGUAUCUACACUAUCUGCGGUUGUUUCUAGCCAAUCCAUGAUAUCGGCGACUUUUUCAAUUGUUAAGCAGUCCAUGGCUCUCGGAUGUUUCCCCCGGGUGAACAUAAUUCACACUUCUUCAAAGCAUGAAGGACAGGUCUACUCCCCGGAAAUUAACUAUAUUCUCAUGGUUAUCUGCGUUGGCCUUGUCAUCGGAUUCAAAGGCGGGGUUCAACUAUCAAAUGCCUAUGGGGUGGUGGUCAUCUGGGUCAUGAUCAUAACGACAUGUUUGACGACAUUAGUGAUGCUGGUUAUCUGGGAUACGAAUUUCCUUCUCGUAUGCGCCUUUUUCUUCCCAUAUAUACUAAUCGAAGGCGCAUUCAUGACAUCCUUGCUGAACAAGAUCCCACAAGGAGGAUGGGUACCUUUCGCGAUCUCAGCCGUUUUCCUAGUAGUCAUGUUCUCUUGGACAUAUGGAAGGAGCAAGAAGAGCCUGUACGAAGAAGAGAGGAAAAUGAGCUUAACUGAAAUAGGCCAAAUGCUAUCGACAACAAACUUGUAUCGACCACCCGGGUUCUGCUUCUUUUGUACAGAUCUUGUCAAUGGGAUCCCACCCAUUGUCCGACGUUACAUUCAGCACACAAAUUCCGUUCGGGAGAUCAUGGUGAUUAUCACGGUGAGAACACUACCGAUCAAAUCCGUGCUCCCAGAGGAGCGGUUGGUGGUGGGGAAACUAGGACCCGACGGGGUUUAUCGGUGCCUGGUUCAGUUUGGUUACAAAGAUUCACCGGGAAUGGACGGGGAAGAUUUUAUUGCUUUAGUAGUGGGGAAACUCUGUGAGAUUUCUGAGACUACCGGCGAAAAGCGGAAACUGAGAUUGGCGGAAGAGAGUGGAGCCGUGUUCGUGGUAGGUCGGACGAUUCUGAAAUCGAACAAGAAGAAGGGGUGGUUUGCUCGGUUCGUUAUCGAUUACUUGUAUAGGUUCCUUCAGAAGAAUUGCCGGGCUGCGGUUUCGGCACUCAUAGUCCCACCAGAAAGUACUCUACAAAUUGGAAUGGUUUACGAGAUCUAAAACAGUUUGAUUGAUGAAGAUAGAUUGUUCAUAUGGUUGCGGUGUUUUUCGGGCCUCCGUCUGGUCAUGAAGAAUUUUUUUCCCUGGCUA